AUGAGCAGAGGCGCCACCUUGCAGCGCCGGACGACCUACCUGAUCUCGCUGACCCUCGUCAAGCUCGAGUCGGUGCAGCAGCAGCAGGAGGAGGAGGAGAAGGCGGGGGCCAGGGAUGGAGCCCCCCAGCCCGCCAGCCCCCAGGGCCCCUGCCCGGAGGCCAGCCCGGAGGCCCCGCCAGCCGCAGACCACGCCGGGCUGAAGGGCCGCAGGGAAGCCGACGAGGCUGCCAAGCACAAGCGGCAGGAGCGCAUCUUCCACCGGCAGGAUGCGCUCUGGAUCAGCACCAGCAGCGCCGGCGCGCCCGACUACCUGCUGCAGCUGUCCCCCGGCAGCCCCGGCACGCCCGGCCCGGCCCUGUCCCCCGACGGCAGGGCCGCUUCCCUUUGGGCAUCGCCCCCUGGCAGCGGCCAGGGCGGUUUCUGGGAUGCCAAGGUGGGGGCUGUGGCGGGCCCCAAGGCCAAAACCGCCGUGAGCGUCGAGGUGCCCGCUGUCGCGCCAAAGCCUGAAGUGCUGGGGCCUGCGGGAGCUCCGGCUGUGCCCCCCAAGCCGGAGUCAGCUGGGCCCUCUGCCACGCCAGCGGUGCCCCCCAAGCCUGAGGCCGCCGCACCCUUUCUGACUUCGGCUGCGGCCUCCAAGCCUGAGCCAGCGGUGCCCAUUGUAGCUCCACCGGUGCCCCCGAAACCUGAGACAACGGUGCCCUCUGUAGCCCCAACUCUCCCUCCCAAACCUGAGCCAGCUAUUCCUUGCAUCACGCCAACUAUCCCCCCCAAACCGGAGUUUCCUGCUGCCGCCUUUCUUCCACUUGCUGCUCCCAAACCUGAGGCCGCUGUCCCUUCUGCCUCUCCAGCUGUGACUGCCAAGCCUGAAGUGACUGUGGUCCCAGCAGCCCCAGCUGUUGCCCCAAAGCCCAAAGCUAUUUUAGUUCCAGUCCUUCCCACCAUUCCACCAAAGCCAGAAGUGAUUCCAGUCCCCAAAGCUGGGCUGAAGGAAACCUUGGAGGUGCCCGGAGAUGAGUUGCCAGCUCCCCCACCCACCACUGCCAGUUGCUCCUCCAGUGCGGCGGCACCCGGACGCCGGAUGCUGGUGAGCCAUGCCAGCUGGGGUGGCCCUGAACCUGGGACCACGGAGCCUACUUUGGCCCGAGUGGGUGGCUCUUCUUUCUCCCACUCGGGAGCCUCCUCUCCUCACCCGGCUGCCGGGAAUCGGCGUCUUCGCCUGGCUACGAACAAGCCCUUCAAAACGGUCACCACCAGCGGGGCCAAGAUGGGCACUGAGCCAAAGGCUGGCAAAGGAGGGCACAAAGGGGGCACCCCCAACCGUUUGUCAUGGCCGGAGAGCGAAGUGAAAGGCCGCAUGAAGGUAGCCGUCAAGGGCAGCGGGGAAACGGUCCCCCGAGGAGGGACCCGGGCUAAAUUGUCCCCUCACAAAAACAAAAGCAAGACCUUGGACAACAGUGACCUCAACCACGGCCCGGUCACCCUGACUUCUUCUGGCUCUUGUUCUUCAGAGGCCGCGGUGGGUCUGAAGAGGGGCAGGGAGGGGGGUCGGUCCUCGACCCGUGACCGUAAAAUGCUCAAGUUCAUCAGCGGCAUCUUCACCAAGAGUCCGGCUUCCACUCCUACUCACCCUGGCCCAGGUUGGAGUCUGAGCCACAAAGAGCUGCUCAGUGUUGAACUGGCCAAGGGGGAGCUUCCCAAAGCCGUUGCAAACAGCCAGGAAUGGACCCUUGGCCGCUCCGUCCCCGAGCUCCGACUGGGUGUUCUUGGGACUAUCAAGAGUGGGAAAUCAGCGCUUGUUCAUCGCUACCUGACCGGCUCCUACUUGGGCCUGGAACCAGCUGAGGGGGGGCAAUUCAAGAAGGAAGUGGUGGUCGAUGGGCAGAGCCAUCUCUUGUUGAUUCGUGAGGAAGCAGGGCCUCCAGAUGCCAAGUUUGCCAAUUGGGCAGAUGCCGUCGUCUUUGUUUUCAGCCUGGAGAAUGAGACCAGCUUCCAAGAGCUGUCACAGUAUUAUGGGCUCCUCACCAACUACCGGGCAGUCUCUGACAUGGCUCUUGCACUUGUGGGUACUCAGGAUAAGAUCAGUGCCAGCAACCCACGCGUGAUUGAGGAUUCUCGAGCUCGGACACUGUGCACUGAAAUGCGCCGUUGCCUCUAUUACGAGACAUGCGCAACUUAUGGGCUCAAUGUCGACCGUGUCUUCAGUGAAGUUGCCCAGAAGAUUGUGAACAUGAAGAAACAGCAACAGCUCCUGGCAUCCUGCAAAUCUCUGCCAAGCACACCCAGCCACUCGGCCGUCUCCACACCGGCAAGUAAUGGCGGCCACACCAGUGACUACUCCUCAUCCCUGCCUUCCACACCCAACAUCAGCCAUCGGGAGCUGCGUGGUGAAGCCUCGGCCAUAAUAGGCACACCGAGCUCCCUGCAUCGCGGGACCAAACGCAGGACCAGCCUCUUCACCAAUCGCAGGGGAAGCGACACGGAGAAACGGAGCCUGGACAGCAGAGGGGAAAACACAGGGAGCGGCCGAGCCAUCCCCAUCAAACAGAGUUUCCUGCUGAAGCGAAGCGGCAACUCUCUGAACAAGGAGUGGAAGAAAAAAUACGUGACCCUGUCCAGCAACGGACUUCUCUUCUACCACCCCAGCAUUAAUGAUUAUAUUCAUAGCACCCAUGGCAAAGAAAUGGACCUACUGCGUACCACCGUCAAGGUGCCGGGCAAGCGCCCACCUCGAGCCAUCUCGGCCUGCGGUGCCUCCUCAAGCAUCAAUGGUUUGGUUAAGGAUGUGACCAGCGUGGGAGUGGGGGACAGCACUAGCCCCAGUCCAGGCCUGCUGAAUCCUCCAACCGAUCAAGCAAUCAAGUUCUUAGGCAAACCAGACCGGAGCCUGCAGCGCUCUGUUUCCUCUUCCAAGGCUGAGGCAGUUCUGGCUGCAGAAGGGCUAUCCAGUCCUGGCAGCAGCGGCAAAGACCCGCCUCCAUCCCCCAUGGUGGACAGAAAGAAACACAGGCGGAAGAAGCUCGCAACGCCUUCCAAAACCGAGGGCUCGGUGGGGCAGGCAGAAGCCAAGCGUAAAAUGUGGAAAUUAAAAACCUUUGGUAGUUUAAGAAAUAUUUAUAAAACAGAGGAGGAGAACUUUGAGUUCCUCAUCGUCUCCAGCACAGGACAGACGUGGCACUUUGAGGCUAGCAGCUUCGAGGAAAGAGAUUCCUGGGUCCAGGCCAUCGAGAGCCAGAUCUUGGCUAGCCUGCAGUGCUGCGAGAGCAGCAAGAACAAGGCACGGAUGGACAGCCAGAGUGAAGCCGUGGCCAUCCAGGCUAUCCGUAAUGCCAAAGGCAACUCCUUGUGCGUGGACUGCGGCGCCUUGAACCCAACCUGGGCCAGCCUGAACCUGGGAGCGCUGAUCUGCAUCGAGUGCUCCGGCAUCCACCGGAACCUGGGCACCCACCUCUCACGGGUACGCUCCCUCGACCUGGACGACUGGCCCCUGGAGCUCACCUUGGUUCUCACCUCCAUUGGCAAUGAGACGGCCAACAGCGUUUGGGAGAAGUGCACGCAGGGACGCCGGAAACCCACCUGUGAAUCGUCCCGGGAAGAACGGGAGUCGUGGAUCCGAGCCAAAUACGAGCAACGCCUGUUUCUAGCACCACUGCCCAGCUCCGAAAUGUCCCUCGGGUGCCAGCUGUUCCAGGCCGUCCUGGACCAGGACCUGAGUUCUGUGUUGCUGUUGCUGGCUCACAGUUCCAAGGAACAGAUCAACGCCCCCACAGGGGACAAGGACCGGCGCUCGGCCUUACAUGUGGCUUGUGACCUGUCAAACGUGGUCAUCACUCAACUUCUGGUCUGGUACGGUUCCGACGUGAAGGCCCGUGAUGCUGUGGGGCACACAGCGCUCUUCUACGCUCGCCGAUCGGGGAGCCAGGAGUGCAUCGACAUCCUAUUGCAGCACGGUUGCCCGAACGAAGGCUACGGCACUAUCGCCACCCCCGGCCUGCGCCGGAAAAGCAGCAGUGCCAGCGUGGGAAGGACCGAGGCCCGGACUGCCCUGGUGUAGCAUGCUGGGAGGAGUUUCUUCCCCAUCCCGGUGGUGCCAACGGGGGGCGGGGGGCAGUGACUGAUGUCUCCUCUCCCUGUGGAGACCCACACUCCCUUCUGACAUUUGGGGUCCGUGCCAAGGAGCCUUGGCUCAUGACUUCUCGUCACACACAGGCUGUGGUGGCUGCCCCCCCCCCCCCCGCUCCCCAAGCCCUUCAACAACAGCUGCGCUCAGCACAAGCUGCCAUACUUGGACUGCCUCAGUGGAUCCUGACUCUCCCUUAGGCCCGGUCUUCAGUGCCCUUUGUCAGGGCUGCUCUGCUGGUCUCCAGGGCAACGGCCAGGCAGUUGAACCCUACAGGGAACUGCGCGAGCAAAGUUCCCCCAAUGCUUGGAGUGAAGGAUCAGGGCCUAGGACUGUUUUGCCCGCUUCUCAGUGAACGGGGAACUUUGGGGUGAAAGGGGCAAGUGGUGGA